CGUCAAAUCAGCCGCGGCAGUGCUCUCUCAGUGUCGGUCCGUCGGUCAUACGCAAUAUACGACGCACGCACAGCGGUCGUCGGCUACAGCAACACCAUCAACAAUAAUAAUAAUAACAACUAAAUCAUAAUAAUAAUAUAGUAAUAUUGCGAUCGUCGUUUUACUCGUUCUGUUCAAAGUAUAUUAUUUUAUGUAUUAUAACGCGCGUAUAGUAAUAUAAUUAAGUAUAAUAUUAUUAUAUCGAUCGCACGACGACAAAGUCGUUUGUUGUUCGUCCGGUCUGGAGAACUGAAAAUUUAGCGACGCUCGUUCGGGGUGUGUCUACACGUCUCCUCGUUUACGCGAAAUAUUUAUUAUACGCAUAUUAUAGACGUCUGUUAUUAAUUCUGUAACGGCACGUUGAUCAGCCGACGAAAACCGCGACGUUUCGGUACCCGACGCCGAGUCGUCCGCGCGCCUUCUUCGUACCACGCGAGUGUUUCACGCUCGUCGCAAUCUUCGCGAGUAAUGCGCACUGCAGCAGACCCGGAGCCGACGACCUGGUGAUCUACCGCCGACGACAACCCGCCGACCGACGGCAUCGCCGCAACCGCUCGCGCGACGUGCUUACACUUUCAUAUGUGUGCUUAGAUUACGUCCGCGGAGAACGCAACCCCGCACGACGACCCCGUUGACCGUCGAGGUCCAUGCGAUCCUCUUGCACUCAACGUCCAGGACUGUCCGCAGUACGACAAGGAUCUCAUUGAAAUGAGACGGCUCAAAAUUAUAUUCAUUUGUAAGCUGACGAUAUGUUUACUAACAUGGUCCGUAUUUGUAGCGGAGUUAGAUGCACUUCGAGGUUCUGCUGUUGUACUUCAAGCGAGAGCGAAAGCAGACAAAAAAAAUUCGGACCCGGAUGAAGCUAUCGACGUGGAUGAAAAUGGGGAACAAGUCGAGUUGAACGUGACUACGACCACCAAACCCACGUUGACAGGCAUACCGCAGAUCGACUACGUGCACGAUCCAAACUUGCCACGGGAGUUGAACGGUUACAACUUAACAGACUAUCCUUUCCUAAACUCAGUGCCCGAAGAGAUCGAAUUCAAAUGCGAUGGAUUACACGAUGGUUUUUAUGCGAGUGUUCCCCACAAAUGUCAGCUCUACCAUCACUGUCUAUUCGGCACGAGGUUCGACUUCCUGUGCGCCAAUUACACAGCUUUCGAUCAAAAGACGUUCAUUUGCCAUUUUGUGUCCCAGGUGGACUGCCCUAACUCGGCCAAGUACUUUAGCAGAAAUGAUGCGCUGUACAAAGCCGCCGAAACGACAACGCUGCCGACCACCACCACGUCCACGACGGCCGCUCCUCAGCAGCAGCAGCAGCAGCAACAACAACAACAACAACAACAACAACUGCAACAACAACAACAACAACAACAACAACAACCAUUCUAUCCGCAGUACCAACAACAGCAGAUGCCGUACGAAGGGCGCAGGGCCAUGCCACCAGGUUACGCGCAGGGCCGGAAGCGCAGGCCCACGUACCGGAGGCGUAGGCCUGUGUACGAGUAUUACUACGUAGACGACUACGACGACCAGCAAGAGUACUAUGACGAUAGCGUCGAGCACAUGCCGGUGAUCAAAAAGCCCAUCAGAAAACAUUCUCGGUUCAACAAUUACAAACAGGCCGACCUAGAAGCCGAUUACCAGGAAAGCAGUUUGGUCGACGCGCCGCCGAGCGGUAACUUUAAACAGCACAGGGGACAACAGCACGGGCAACAGCAGCAACAGCAACAACAGCAGCCACGGCAACAGCAACAGCAACAGCAACAGCAACAGCCGUCGUCGUCCACCGCAGUGACGAAGAACGUGUCCAACCAGAUAUCUUCGGUGUACGACAAGCCCAGGGCCCCGCCCAAGAUCCGCCGUCCCGUGCCCAUCAACGAACGGGACCGAUACGAUUACACGUCAUCCGUUUCCAAGUCUUCGGGCCCGCAACCCGGUCCGUCGGCGCCGGCGGCCGCUCCCGCGUCCACCACCGCGGCCACCACCACGACCAGCACCACCACCACCACGGAAGCGGCGCCGGCCAAGUCGGCCGCGGCGUCCAGGGCCAGAGAACCGCAACGGCCGACCUCGACCGAAGAUCCGGUCGAGUAUUACGACGACGACGAGGAAGUGGUGGCCGACGACGAGUACGCCGCCGAACCGGAAGUACCGGCCGCCGUGAAGUCCGCGGUCGCCGCCACCGCGGCCGCGUCCAAACCGGACCAGGCCAAGCCGGUCAAGGUGGCCGCCGCCAGGACGGCCGCCGUGCAGGUGGUCGACUACGACGCGGACCGCGUGCGGCGCCCGUCGGCGGUCAGGACCAAGCCGGUCAACAGGGCGCCCGCGACCGUCGCGCCGCCACCGGCCGCGGCGCCGCGGAAGAGGCCGGCGGCGGAUCGCGUGGCCGACGAGUACGAGGACGAACUGCCGGCCGCGGCCACGCGUCAAUCGAUCGCCGCGGCGACCAAGCAACGAGCUUCCGGGCCGUUCUUGUCGCGGCCGUCGAAACCGACGAAAGCGAUCAACCGGCAACCGGCGGCCGACGCCGCCGAAGACGACGGGGCGGACGAACCGGCGGAACCGGUGGUCUACCAGCAGGCCCGGCAACCGCAGCGGGUGAGCGUCAGGCAAGUGAUGGCCGCCGGCUCGCACGGCAACAGCAAUAAUAACAGGCACAGGCCGCAGCAACAGCAGGCCGCCGCCGCCGCCGCGACGCAGUACAACAAGCAGCACGCGGCGAGAGCGACGCCGUCCGCGGCCAACAGGAUGAGGCCGAUGCGGCCCGUCUACGAGUACGCCGACGAGUACUACGACGAAUAACAUAAUAAUAAUUUUUAAAAUUUAAAUCGACCACAACGAUUAUAUUUUCCGUAUAAUAAUAAUAAUAUAUUAUAACAGUACGCCUAUAUGUACGAGUCGCGGUUAUAAAUUAUACAUACGUACACGUUGCGUUUAGGCGCAGUGGCUGUCGGAGCGGUCGUAUAUCAUAUUAUUAUGUGUUUUAUAUUAUAUAUUAUGCUAUAAUAUUGGCGGCGAAUUUUUUUUUAACAAGACGAUGGCGACGCGACGGAAUUAAAAAACGUAUUAUUAUAUAUUAUGAAUUAAGUAUGAUUAUCAUCGCGCACGCGUUAUUAUAAUAUAUAUAUAUAUAUAUAUAUACGACUUAUAUAAUAUAAAUAUAAACAUAUAAACGAAAUAUUAUUAUUAUUAUAUAUACCUAUAAUAUGUGUUAUAUAUACUACGCGUUAAGUAUAUAUAUUUAUAUAUAUGAUUUUGUGUAAUUAAAAUAAUAUAUAACAUUAAUUUUAUUACUAUA